GUCAAAUAUUCAACCUCAGAUUUCAAAGGCAUCUAAUAUUCAAAAGCCAUCACGUAUUCCUCAGCUUUCGCCGUCGGGACCUCCUGCACAACCAAGAUCACAUUUGGGCGAUAUUUCUAAUC